AUGGACGAUGCGCAUCCGCUGGUGCCACUGCAGCCAGGCAUUGCGCGUGCAAGAAGCGAUGAUCAGGUUUUCGACUUCUCCCGCGCGGGGGAAGCGGGCGGAGAGGGUAGGUUUCUCCCGUUCGACGAGACCAUCGCCCUCUCGGAGCAGUAUGGCCUUCCCUUGGUGGCUUGGGAGAAGAAGUCCAAGCUUUCGGCGGAGGAGAUUUGGGCAGAGUUGCUCGCGGUCGCUUCCGGUCCACGAAACUACUCGACUGCACCGGCACCCCUGGAAGGCUUUGUGGUGCGAGAGGCAGGCGCUGGCGGGCGUAUCGCCAAGGCCAGGGCGGAACAGCUACAGUCCGAAGUCGCGGCCGCUGCUUCUGGCGAUCUUGGAACCGAGGCUCCCACUCCACGGACGCCUGAGAUCCGGAUGGCCACGACGUACGCAGAGGGUCUCACCAGGUCGACGCUGCGCGACCUGGGCAUUCCUUUCCUGGAGGAAGCCAUCCAGCUGAAGUGA